UGCCGAUAGGCAAAUAUCGAGACAGGAAGCUUUUAAAAAUGGCGGCCGCUCCGCUACCGCAGGUGCCCGAGAAAUUAAAGGCGGUUGUUCCUUACGUAAAAAUAGCAGCCGAGCAUGACUCCAGAGACCCGAUCAUCGCCUACUGGUGCCGACUCUACGCGCUCCAGACUGGCAUGAAGGUUGACAGGUCUUCCUCCGAAAGCAGGGGAUUCCUCAUGGCCUACAUGGAUUGGCUAGAGAAGGAAAAAGCCAAGAGGAAAGAUGAAGAAGCGAUCACAAGCGACGUCGUAGCCCAGGCACACAUUGAGACUAGAGCGUUGAAACUGUUUCUUUGGGCUGACGGCGAGGACAGAGCGGCACGCUUUAACAAGAAUGUCAUCAAGGCGUUCUACACAGCUGCAUACCUCUUCGAUGUGCUCACAACGUUCGGAGAACUGACAGAUGAGGUUUCCAACCACCGGAAGUAUGCCAGAUGGAAGGCGGCGUACAUUCACCGAUGCCUCAAGAAUGGUGAGGUACCAGUUCCAGGACCUCUCAAGGGUGAAGACGAAGGAUUCGAGGAGGACGCUGGUGCUGUCGGCGGAAACCCAAGCCCUUCAAACGGACCGAGUGGAGCAGAGGGAGGCAGCGAUGCCUUUCUGCCACUCGUGCCUGGUUUCCCGCACGGUGGCGCCACUGCAUCCGGGAUGUCGCAGCCGGGCCCCAGCAGCGAUCGAUCGUCUUACGGGGACCACCAGCCCAUGCCGUCGUCCCUUCCCGUUCCUACCCCGGGCUCUCAGGCACCCCCUUCCACACCCAGCGGUUCCACACAGCCUUUGCCUUCGGUGGCUCCGAUUGACGACAUUCGGGCUGCGAACGGCGUGGCUUUAAACACUGAAGACUUCAUGAAAGCCCAGAAGUACUGCAAGUUUGCCGGCAGCGCGCUGCAGUACGAAGACGUUCCGACGGCCAUAGAAAACCUGCAGAAGGCACUCAGGUUGCUCACCACAGGCUCGGAGGGACCCUGAUUGCACUCAGGUUCUCCCACGAGCCUAGGCGGACACAACCUCCUCACGAUCCCUCCUUCCAACCUGAAGAACUAGCCUAGGAGGGUUCCCCCGCCCUCUUACCGGAAACAACACGUCCCUCCGUGUUCCGCUAUGUCUGGUGCAAAGUCAUUUUUGUGUCUGUGUUUGUAGCCACCAUAGAGCUUGCUUCUACAAGAGCUUUUCACUCCCAUAGAAGCGUGAACCGUUGGGCUAGUUGGUUCGAAAUUUCUAGGAUCAAGAGCAAAAGACUUGUCUAUAAAAAACUACACCGAUGAAAGGGAACAUUGGACUGAUAUGAAAGACGUUCCAGCUGCAAUUUAUUUGAUAGGCACAAAGAAUUCCCGUGAAGACAACCGCGCAUGCGCAAGAACCAGUGCACCUUUUAUUAAAAUGUCUCUUAUGAAAAUGCACGUUUUCCUAAAAGAUACACUAGUUCUUGCACAUGCACUGUUAACGUCCACGGGAUUCUUCGUGCUUACCAAACUCAGUUGCAAAUGGAGUGUCUGUCCUAUAUCUCUUUCGUCGGUGUAGUUUUUCGUCGACAAGUUUUUCUCACUUGAUCCUAGAAAUUGUCACCCCCACUUCAUUGGGUGGAGCGCUUCUCUCUCUUUUCUUUGCUUUUCUCUUGAGUGAGCGUACAGAAGUUGUAUAAGUAAUGCAUUGUUGUAUGCAUCAAGCGCACAGCUGGAUUUUGCGGAGGUUAGGGAUGGCCGAUGUGGCCAGCGAACGGUGCCUCAUAUUACCUGUACGCUGGUAAAUUCUGGCACUUGCAGUGCCAUCCGUACAUCAUUCGAUGACCGUACAAACAGCAUAUUUAUUUGGCAGGACACUCUACUUGAUUUGAAUUGUGGCCGUGCAAAUGAACUUUGCGUCAGUUUACUUUGACCUGUUGCAUUGUUCAAAGGGUACAGGUCGAAGCGUUCAUUGCUCACACUUUUGGCCAGUUUGAACAUAAGCAUUUAGUUGCACUUGUUGCUCUUGCUUGACACAAUGUUUCAAUGCACCACGCUUUUGCGCUAUGUGAGCUUAUAGAAAAUGUGUUGAAAUUAGGCUCGAAUGAGUAUUGUGCAGGCUGAAAUACAUGUGAUAAUAAUGUUGUAUGCGGCAUUACUCUAAAGAAAUUGACAUAUUUUGAUUGGUGUUCCAAUUUGAGUUGUCUCCUGAUGUUCCUGUAAUCUAGCCAAAGACACUGAAACGCUUUGUGUUCUAAUUAGAUAAGCAAACAGUUGCAGCACGAUGAACUUUGGUAAUAUCCAGCUGCAGGAGAAAAAAAAUGUGAGCCUGAUCAGCCGCGCAAAUCUUAAUUUUUCACGUUCAUUAAGACAGAAUGCUAAAAGGUUGAGUGCUGAGAUCGGCUAUAGUUCACGUAACACAGCUUUCACAGUUCACACAGUUCAAAGUGCAUAGCAGUGGAGGAAAUCUUAUCACUUCUCUGCUUUUUGCUACUACUGCUACUAUUUUUAAUACUGGAGACAGUUCUUUCUGAAGCUAAGGAAGAUUAGUUGUCAUAGAAAAGCUACAUGUGAUGCACAUUUU